GCGAAAUCUGGCCGAACUCUCUGAUUUCAACGUUGACUCGUCAACUUCCAACUUCUCGACUUUCUUUUUUUAAUCGCCAAAUCUGACCCUAUUCUUUUUUCAACAUAUUAACAACGACGGCGCUAUCUCCUCACUUCCUCAAUACCUCUUAUAUCUAAUACCGUAUAUCCUGCCCGGAUCGGGCUCAACUACUAAGAUGAGUGCGCUUGCAACUAAGCAACAAUCGCAGAAGAUCUUCGAGAAGUUGAAGACCAAGUCGGCAAAUAGGAUAUGCUUCGACUGUGGCCAGAAGAACCCUACGUGGACGUCGGUACCCUUUGGCAUUUACCUAUGCCUCGACUGCUCCUCUAACCACCGAAAUCUCGGUGUCCAUAUCUCCUUUGUUCGCUCUACCAACCUUGACCAGUGGCAAUGGGAUCAAUUGCGUAUCAUGAAAGUUGGCGGUAACGAAUCUGCCACCAAGUAUUUCCGCGCAAAUGGCGGUAGCGCCGCACUCGCCAGCAAGGACCCAAAGACCAAAUACCAGUCCAACGUCGCAACCAAAUACAAAGAGGAGCUUAAAAAGCGAGCCGCACGAGACGCGCUCGAGUACCCGGACGAAGUUGUCGUCACUGACGUAGCCGGAGAGGGUGCCGAGGGAUCCGCUACUCCCUCUAGCGAACCAAGCGACGACUUCUUUUCUUCGUGGGAUAAGCCAUCUAUCAAGAGGCCCACGCCGCCUAUCUCGCGAACUAACACGCCGCCCGUCGUUGGCCGUACCGCCUCGCCAUUCCUCAACGCCAAUGCCAACGGCAAGGAAAUCUCUAGGUCCUCGUCCCCUCUAUCUAAGUCGGAUUCCGCAUCCGAGGCCAAGCCUGCCGCCAGCCGAAUCACCACCUCUGCUGCGCUCCGGAAGACGAACACCACGGCGCCCCGCAAGGCUAACGUGUUAGGCGCGAAGAAGGCCACCGCCAAGCUCGGGGCGAAGAAGGUUACCGGAGAUAUCAUCGACUUCGACGAGGCUGAGAAGAAGGCUAAGGAGGAAGCCGAGCGAAUUGCGAAAUUGGGCUACGACCCGGAAGCCGAAGAGGCCGAAGCGAAGCAGGCCACCACAUCCAAGACGGAAGCGUCCCAUGUCGUCUCCCCGACGCCGGUAAGCCCGCGUGGAUACGGAUCUAACCAUUCUCGCGAGAAGUCAGCAGCCGAAGUUGAGAGGUUAGGCAUGGGCCUAGGUAGAUUGGGAUUCGGUCAGGUUGGAGGAAGCAAGCCCGCCGCUGGUGCCGCAAAGAAGAACGCCGGUGGAUUCGGCUCGGUUGGACCCGUCAAAGCCGCUGCCGAAGAUGACGAGGAGCGGUACGCCCGAAACAAGUUCGGCAACCAGAAGGGAAUAUCGUCCGACGAGUUCUUCGGCAAGGGCUCGUUCGACCCCAACGCCCAGGCGGAGGCGAAGACGCGCCUGCAAGGGUUCGAGGGCGCCACCGCCAUCUCCUCCAACGCGUACUUUGGCCGACCCGAGGACGAGGAUCCCGCGGACGACUACGGCGACCUCGAAUCCGCCGCCAAGGACUUCGUGCGCAAGUUCGGCAUCACCGCCGGCGACGACCUGGACAACCUCACCAGCGCGCUAGGCGAAGGCGCUAGCAGACUCCAAGGCGCUAUCCGCAACUACCUCAACGGUUAAAGCUAUUUUUACUACUGUGUACUUCACGUAUAAAUAGCAUAGCAUAGCAUCGGAAAUAGCAGGAGUUUGAUAUGAUCGAUACCUUUAUAUUAGCUAGAGAUAUCACCAAGCGGGGAGGGAAAAAGAUGGAUUCUCUCAGCUUCUUACUCUACCUCUAACGACGGGGGGGUUGUGGUAGUCAGCGCCACUAUCAAGCUUUAGCGCCAAGACCUGCAAUGAGUGAGACAGUUGGGCGGAUGGUAAACGGGAGCUGUUAUGAAUACAAAAACGGCUGUGCCAGCCCAUACGACUUGGGACGUUAUAGAGAGCAAUGGGCAUGGUACGCAUAGUAAUGAAACUUGAUUAUAUUGACUACCUAGAAGUACCUAAUCUAUGAUUUCUAAAAAAAAAAUUCGAUG